AUGUUGCUUUAUCUACCACUUCGUCGUCGCACCAUCUAUCUCACUUUCUGCAAGCUAUCAUCGGCAGUUCCGCACGGAUCUCAUAGUGAAAAGAAUAUUGAAAGGAAGCCGGCAGAUUAUAGACCUGGUUCUGAUUCUUAUGCAUAUGAAAAUCCAUGGCCAAAAUUAAACCGUAGUCGUCUGGAUUGGCUCUUUGGUGAUGGCUGGAGAAGACCACUAGCAAAAGAUCAAGGCGGUCAAAUUCGUCGUAACUGGAUUUGGUUUGGUUUAUCUCCCUAUGAUGAACAUGCUGAUUGGCUGAAAUUUCAUCAAUAUAUGUUUGUUUUGUUAACAAUAAUGGUUAGUUGGGUGACGCUAUACUUACUAUAUGCUGCUCCUGAUUG